AUGACAGAAGCAGCACUCCUCUUCUGCUUGAAGGAGAACGGAGAGCAGGUCCCGGCUGCACAAAGGCGGCCGCUCCCCGCCGGGCGGGCGCGGAGGCUGCGGCGCGGUGCGGGCGCAUCAGCCGCGGCGGCGCGGGGGCUCGGCCGCUGUCACCCAGCGCCCGGGGGGACCAGCGCCGGCGGCGGGGACAACCCCACCCUGCGGCCCCGCCGGCUCCUCGUAACAAAGCGCCUCUCGCCUCCCUCCCUCCCUCCCUGCUUCCCCGCCUCCCUCAGCUCCCCGCCCGCAGGCCGCCGACACCGCUCCCUCCAGCUCCCCGCAAACCCCGCGCUGGAUUCCCGCCCGCCGCGGCGCCGGCCUCUCCCGCGGGGACACCGCCGUGCUGCGGGAGAGGCCCGGCCCGGGCAAUCCCGCGCCUGCGGGUGCGGCGGCGCUGCGGGAGGCGGCCGCGGGGAAAUGCGGCUGUGUGCGCGUAUGUGUGUUGUGGGGAGCGGCGUGCGAACACCCGGCGGCCGCCAGGAAAGGGGUGGGCAGCCCUUCCUGCACCGGGCACAGCCGGAGUUCCCGGGACACACGUCCCUAGCGCGGUGUGCCCAUCCGCAUCCCGAUCCCGCGGCCCCGGAGCGGAGCGGGGAUUCCCCAAUCCCCGCCCCGGUGCGGCGGCCGCGGACCCAGCUCGGGCUUUACCUCCGACAGCGCCCGGCGGCCCCCGCGCCUGCGCGCCAGCGCCCCCAGCGGUGGCCGCGGGAAGGGCCGGGAGCUGCCGCGGCCGCCCCGCUCCUGUUCCCGAUCCCGUUCCCGAUCCCGUUCCCGUCCCCGCCCGCCGGCACCGCGCAGUGCCGUGCCCGGCCCGGCCGGGCUCCCGCCACCCCUCCGUGCCUCAUCGCGCUCGGUGUGGCGCAGUUCCCGCCCGCGAGCGGGUCGGUGGCAGGUGCCGUUGCGGCAGCGGGGAGCGCCCUCAGCUCCUCCGGGCUCCGGACGCUGCCCGGCCCGCCGGUGAGUUGUGGGCAGCGGCGGCCCGGCGGUCUGCCGGCUCCGGCGGGAGCAGUGCCUGUGUCCGCCCCGGCGGGGCUGGAAGUGCCGGGAAGGGCGCUCUGCUGCCUGCGUCGCUCUUGGCGUGGGGGUCGGAGCUUCGGGGCCUCCGUGCUUCCCUUCCUUCGCUCCAUUCCCUCCCUCUCUUCUUUACUUCCUCCCCCUUCCUUGGCCGCCGCGGUCCGGGUGGGAGCGUGUCCUUCUUGCCGAGCCCCGCCUGUGCCUCCUGUUCCCUAG